AUGGCCGACUCAGAUCCCUUGCUGAGUGAUCUCUGCUCAAUAUGCCAUGCCAACCCUCCCAAAUACCGCUGUCCACGCUGCUCAAUACGCACCUGCUCUUUACCCUGCACACGUCGCCAUAAACUCUGGUCGCAAUGCUCUGGCGUGCGCGAUCCAGCCGCAUAUCUAAAGCGCAAUGAAUUGAACACUGAAUCUGCAUUCGACCGCGACUUUAAUUUCAUCACGGGCAUCGAGCGCACCCUCGAGCGCGCAGAGAGAGAAGUCGAUAAUCGCGGGAUUGAUCUUGCGGGCGGUGCCCAGGCCGAUGAUGGUAAUUCUGAAGGUUUCCAACAUCCGGCUGCUGGCCGUAAGAGGAAGCACCCGAACCAGGGCCUUGCCAAGGGCGAGGCUGCGUUCUUGCGUGGUACCGAGACUGCUGGUGUGAGAGUUCUUCGAGCUCCGAAGGGAAUGUCGAGGAAUAAGCAGAAUGGGUCGCGUUUGCAUCCCAAGCAUAAGCGUCUUGCUUGGACCAUAGAGUGGAUUACGGCUGAUGGGGUGAAGACUAUUCGUGAUUCUGUCAUCGAUACAUGCUCUGUCGCUGAAGCCUAUAACCGAUGCUGCCCACGCCCUAAGGAUCAAGAGCCAGCUACCGAGCCAGUGGAGGAAGAAAAGAAAGAAGAAGACCUGGACACCCAUAAUACAACUAUCGCUGCACCCGGUGAUCCUGUCACGACAGUGGUUGAAGAGGCAGAUACAAAACCACCAUCAUCCCCGACCAAAGACCCAGCAAAGGAACCAGCAGAUGCCUCAACUGAGCAAACGGAUAAAGCACCAAAUCAGACCAUCACCCCUCACCGCGGUCUUUACUUCUACCUUCACCGUCCGCGAACCACAACCAAAAAGCCCGUCUUAACUCCUCUCUUGCAAUCCUCGACACUCAGUACUGUUCUAUGCAAUCGGACUGUUCUAGAAUUCCCUACGAUUUAUGCACUGCCAGAGUCAGCGGAGACACUGUUUGCUGACAAAGAUAACUCCAAAUUCAUACUGGAGGAAGACUAUCUUCGCACCGCUGGGCCAGAUGAGAUAGGCCAGUCUUCUACCAUAAGUGACAAUGAUGACGCCGCUGGAAACGAAGCACUCCCCGGUUCUUCAGUGAAUCUUCAAGAUGUCGAUGAGAACCUGGUAUUGGAGGUAUUGAAGAAAGACCUGUUUGAACCAGUCCCGGAGACUGGGCCAGCGGUAUGA